UGCCAGCAAGAUCUGACACUGAUUAUUUGGUUACCGCUUGGUCUGUUCUCUCAAUACUUAUUGUAGAAAUAAAAUAAAUAAUAUUUUACACAUUUGUAUGACCCGUUGAGGUAGGAUUCAGUGUGGGUCCUAGUUCAGACUUCAUGCACUUUAGCCCAUGAGUGGUUCCGAUAGUGGUGAGGAGGGGGAACRGCUAGUCAGUCACUUGASGAUAACCCRGAGAACUGCACGCAGCCUACCGUUAACCUUCAUUAGCUUAGGCACAGGGGAGGAACGGAGGCAACGUAGGGAAGCCAGAGAACGGCAGGCAGCGAGGAGGGCAGCAGACGCAGCUGCUAGUGCGGCAUUUGCACAGGAGAUAGCACAAGCUAGAGACCGUGCAGCCGUAGAGGUCGCAAUGUCUGCCCCAGCUGCUGCUGGAGGUCAGGCCACCUCGUCAGGGCAACCCCAGGGUAGUCCUCAGAGUUUUGUUAGCCCGUCUGUGGGACAGCAGAUCGUCCCGCAACAACCACUUUCACCAGAGGAUCUUGAGAUCCGAGAAGCGGACGCUCUUCCCACGAGGUUAGAGAAUGAAUUGAGAGAUGCAGCGGAGAGAAGACAAAGAGCUAGAGAUAGAAAGACCAGACUAGAGACUAGAGCUAGGGAGUUAAGUGAGCUAGAGGGAUUGGAUGAAGCACAGUGGGAUCCUACCUUGAAGUCGUUGCGUUGCUCGCUGCUGUACGUAGCAGAAGCGCAACAAUCUCAACAGGAUGUGUUGCAAGAUCUGAUGGCAGGCCAGCAGCAGAUACUGGAUGCCUUGGGGGGUCUUCGUAUGAGGCCUCAGCAACCCCGACCCUUUGUUUCUCCACCUCGAGGUGCAGGACCAUCGGUGUCGCUGCCACCCGCGGGGCAGUUCUUUUCUCCAAUGUUUGGCAUACCCUCCACAGGCGGUGUACCAGUAGUUAGUGGUCAGGCUCCUAGAGUUUCUUCUGUACCAUCGACGACAGUGGUGACUGCAGUACCACUGUCCGGACCGCAGCAAAUGCAAUGGAUCCCAAAGAUUCCCAUGUUGCGUCCCAAGCCUUUCUCAGGCGACAAGAAGAAGGAGGAGGACAUCGACGUGUGGGUGAGGACGGUGCCUACAUAUGUCCGGCACAAGCUCACAAGGAAGGAAGAGGAAGUCAUUGUUGCUGCAUCCUUUUUAGAGGGAUCAGCAGCAAAGUGGUUAGGAGGAUUAGUACAGCAAGCAGGCUACAAUCAGGACUUCGAUGGCUGGGCUCAGUCUCUGUCAUUGGAAGAAUUCGUGCGGACUGUACACAACAGGUGGCGAGACCCGCAAGGGGCUCAGAAGGCCACAUACGCGAUCAACAACCUGACAACUAAACGCUACAGGAAUGUUCGCGAAGUUACAGACCUCGUGGAGAAACUGAUUGUGAUACCUGGCGUGCAGAAUAAUCCCCAGGUACUCCUCACAGACUAUCUGAGAUGUCUGCCUACAGACGUCCAGAACAAACUGGUGGACGAGGCCUACAUAGACCAACAUGACUUUGCCUCUUUCAGCAAGAAGGCCUUAGACUUAGAGGCUAAAUUGGGAUCUGCUCAGCAAACGCCAACAAAUGGUAGGAAAAAGAAACUUCCCCAGGAUUGGAAGAAGAAAGGUCAACUCAUGUUUGUUGACCAUGACGGUCAAGCAACUGAGAUUGAUGACUUCCCAGAUCUUGGGGAGGACACAGAGCACGAUGGGGUUAGUGAGACUUCGGAUGGGGGAGUCGUAGCCCCGAUCAAGGAAAAGACUAAGGGGACCGGGAAGAAGAAGGUAGGCCGGUCCACGGGUCAAGGCGACCAAGGGACCCCUGCAUGGGUCAAACUYGGUUUAGAUUAUGAGGUGUGGARGGACCGAGUGGCACGAGGCACGUGUAUGAACUGUGGCAAYUUUGGCCACACUAAUAGAACGUGUAGAGGCAAGAAGGUUACUGCGAAGGUGGCCAACCCAACUGUGGUGGGCUUGUCUUCGAACCUUGGGAGUACGUCUGCGAGUAGCUCUCAGGGAAACACCUCAGGCCAGUAGGAGUUUUAGCCGCUCUUACUYGCGCCGAAGUGGGUACGGUCUGUACGAGUUUGUAGUGAUGCCUUUUGGUCUAUGCAAUGCCCCUGGUACAUUCCAGCACGCGAUAAACCGGAUUUUCAUGA